AUGGAAGAAAUCCAUCAAGAAAUGGAGCUACUCUCUUUCACCUCAGCCACCGGCGCUCCACCACCACCAUCACCACCACCACCAUCAGACCUUCCUUGGUUCGAAAGCUUCCACCGCCCGUCACUCGACCUCCAACUCUCCAUCAGUCUCACACCUAUCGGCCCGCCUCAGGAUAAUAAUGAUUAUAACAACAAAAACAACAUCGACAACGAUAAUCGUGAGAUCGAAACCCUGAAAUGGGAGGCGGCGCAGCAAAUCCGGCUGGCGGCAGUGGAGAGAGCAUACGCCGAGCGCGUGAUGGAGAUGGCGAGGAGGGAGAUGGAGACGGCUCGUUCCGAGUUCGUGAGGGCCCGAAGCCUUUGGGAGAGGGCUCGGGAUGAGGUCGACAAGGCCCAGAGGAUGAAGGAGAGGGCUUUUCGGGCUUCCAAGGAGUCAAUGUGCAUGGAGAUUACUUGUUGUUGCUGUAGCCAAAAAUUUAGGCCUUAA